AUCUCCCUUAGCUCCCCCCCCCACCUUUGUUUCGGCCGCUCUCCUAGAAACCAGUCAUAAUUUAUACCAUACGCAUUAUUUUGUCUUUUAAUGAGCCAUAUGUAUCGACAUAAUGAGUAACGUGAUAGAACUUCGUGCUGUUUGCGAAUACUUCCAGUCACCUGUCAAUACGACUUCCUUUUCAAAAAAGGAAGGCCAUGGGCCACCAUCAUUCAAAACUCAGCAUGGUGGAUCUUUGAAUGGUGCAGCAACGAUAGCAAGGCACUUCAGCAAGCUAGGAAAACGUCAUAAUGAAGUCAGCAUAGAAGAUCAGGCAUGUAUAGAUCAGUGGCUUGAAUAUCGAUGCUCUCAGAUCGAUAGAUGUGGACCUCAGGGAGUUCCUGUCACUCAGGUGCUUGAGGAACUGGACAGCUUCAUUGCAGAUAAAGUAUUCUUCGUCUCUGAUCACCUCACGCUGGCAGAUCUUUUUCUCUACCAUGGACUGCACAGCAUUUUUGGCAAGCUGACAUUCCAAGAGAAAGAAAAGUAUAUUAAUCUGUCACGCUGGUUUGACAAUGUUCAGCAAGAUGCCAGUCUUCGUCAAAAUCUCCUUGUCCUACCUUUCUCCAGGUCCUCUUUGUAUACAAGUGGAUAGAUGUACAAAUGGAUGCAGGGGUCAUGUUGAACUGAUGUAAUGUUUUGGACAAACUUUUUACAUUAUGUUCAUGAUGUAAUUCAUUAAAAUGAUCAGUUUUUACA